UGUCUAUGACGUCACCGUUUUAAACCUAUCAUACGGUUGGACUUGUUUCGUUCCCGAUUCUGUCUCUGGUUCUGUUCAUUCACUCAGAACCAAGGUGCACACGAUCUUCGCCGCCCCGACCUGAGCGCGCCGCAACGACGUGCGCGCAUCCCUCUGCGUAUGCGCGCAUCUGGACUUAACGUUACAACAGCCGCGUGUGUUUUGUUUCGCAGCAGCGGCGGCGGCCUUCAAAGGAUCGCGUUUGACCCGGUUCGUCUACGUCACCCUUCAGCGGACCGAACCUCAUCCCAUCCCGGAUCCCGCGGAACCGAAUCUGCGUGUUGGUUCGAGUGGUGAUGGGGGGGCCGCGCGUCGCAGCGGAGCGCAGCCUUCCUCGUCCUUCAGCAGGACCGUCUGUGGGCUUCAUGAUGGUGGAGAUCUUCUUCCUCAUGAUCCUCCUGGCUCCAUCCUCUCCUGCUGGAGCGUCCCCCCCCUGUCCUGAAGGCUGCCGCUGCUACAGCCUCACCGUGGAAUGCGGCUCUACCGGCCUGAAGGCCCCCCCCAGGAACAUCCCCGCCCCCACUCAGACCGUCUUCCUGCAGGACAACCUGAUCACACAGAUCCGCCGGUUGGACCUGAGUCUGCUUAGACACCUGCACUACCUGUACCUGCAGAACAACACCAUCUCUGCUGUGGAGCCCGGCUCCUUCCAGGAUCAGGGUCAGCUGCUGGAGCUGGCGCUGAACGGAAACCACAUCCACUUGCUGACAGCAGACAUCUUCCAGGGCCUCCACCACCUCCGCAUUCUCUACCUUUCAGGAAAUGACAUCACACGCCUGCUGGACUACACCUUCCGCGGUUUGCAGCGGCUUCAGGAGCUCCACCUGCAGCACAACAGCAUUGAGGCGGUGGCAGACCAGGCCCUGGUGGGUCUGAGUUCUUUGGCUCUGCUGGACCUCAGCAGGAACAAUCUUCACACCAUGGGACCUGCAUCUCUGCGGCCUUUGGUGAGCCUGCAGGUGCUGCGCAUAACCGAAAACCCAUGGCGCUGUGACUGCGCCCUCCACUGGCUGAGGAGCUGGAUAGACCAGGAGGGCCAGAGGCUGCUCAGUUCUGCAGAGCGCCGGUUGGUCUGCAUCGAGCCGCCGCGCCUUUCCCAUCUAAGUCUGGUGGAGGUCCCGCUCAACAGCCUGGUGUGUAUCCCUCCCCUGGUGCAGCUGGAGCCUCGGAGGCUGGCGGUUCGUCUGGGGGAGAGCCUGCGGGUGUCCUGCCACGCUACCGGCUACCCUCGUCCACAGGUGACCUGGAGAAAAGCAUCCCAGGGAAAGGUUGUACACUCCCCCAGGGGCCUGGUUCAGGAGCUGGGUGCUCCAGGAGUGCCUGAGGAGCCCUCAGAAGAAGGCAAAGUCACCCUGCAGAAGAGCGGUGGCGAGCACUUUGACCCCGACACGGGCAGCGGCAUGCUGUUCCUCAGCAACGUGACGGUGGCGCACGCAGGCUUCUAUGAGUGUGAAGCCUGGAAUGCAGGGGGCAUGGCCAGGGUGACAUUUGAACUUGCCAUCAACUCAUCCACAGCCUCCUCCUCCUCCUCAAUCUGGGCUUCCUGGUCUCAGCUGUCCUCGCCGUACUCCCCGGCCUGGCCUCGGCAGAGAGGCUACAACCCGGCUUUGGGCUCAGACGUAAGCCGGGAGCCUCUGUAUGCUCUGGGCAGCAUGGCCUUCAGCGCCCUGGGAGCCGCCACGCAGACCGCAAUCGCUGCAGGGAUCUCCCUGCUGGCUCUAACUGCCUUGCUGCUGGUUGCCAUGAUAUACAGCCGGCACCAGCAGCGGGAUAAGGAUGCCGAAGGCUCUGAAAAGCAGGAGGACAGCAUCCUGUACGUGAACGACUACUCGGACGGACCCACCACCUUUGCUCAGCUGGAGGAGUACCGGGACGAGCGGGGCCACGAGAUGUAUGUCCUGAACCGGGCCAAACCCGUGCUGACCCCUGCUCCGCCAGCAGCCGCCCCGGACCCAGCCUGUUCCGCGCCCUCCGACACCUCCAGCCACACCGCCUCUGUGGAGCCGGGCCCCACCUGCAGCCCCACCCUGGCCCCCAGCAAGCAGCUGCCUCCAGACAACGACAUUCGGACCAUGAGGAGGAUGGCUGGGGAAGGAGGGGAGGCGGAGCCUGUGCUGACGUCUGAAGCUGAGGGGAUGUUUCUGAACCACACGGGUCUGUUCAUGGAGUCCCAGAUUGCCUACGAGAUCCACUGCUGAAGAUCUGAAUGAGGGUUUGCUGUUGGAGCUUCGAGCUGUGAUGGUUUCUUCUGCUGACCUCAGCUGAGAUGAUGCUGCUGAGCGUUUUCCCCUCUUCAAGACUCGCCCAGAGAGCCACUACUCCUCACCACAGACUAACCUGUGGUCUUUCAGGACGGUGCAUCUGAAGCACGAGAGGAUCUUCCAGCAGCUGUCCCACUCUCACACAUCCUGAUCAGGACACCAGUUAAGUGCAUUGAUGGUGCGAGAACUUCCGGCUCCAGGCUCACUGAGGGGACGAGCCGUAAAAGUGAGACCUCCGGGACUUAAGCAUGACAGUGUUGUUUUCACAGGAUCCUGCAGUGAGGUUACAGCAGGUCUGCUUAUCUCCAAAGAUCAUCUCGUUCAUGUCAUCUUCAACCUGCCACAAGCUCCCCUGUUGGGUUCUGAGACUGGUUCCACGGCUCCAUUGGGUUCAGUUCAGUUUGAAGUCAUCGCGGUUGGUAAGCACAGAUGGACGGCCGGUUUUGUGCACCCCAGAGUCGAGGGCUGCACGUUCUGCUGUUGGGCCUCCUGAACCAGAACCUUGGACUGGAUCAGCUGUGAUGAACUCAUCUGCCCUGCUGCUGUCAUAAACUAUUCCCAGAACAUUUGUCCCUCUGGUGUGGGGUUAACCGUCUGGCCUCAUUUUAUUAGGGGAGGGGUUUACAUUGAUGAGGAGUUCAGAUGGGGCUCCUGGGACAUCAUGAAGGGGGGGGCGGGGGUGCAGCAGACAGCAGUGGUUACAUCCAGAUACAGUAAAGAUGGUUCAUUUAGUACGCGAACUACUGAACCCUCGAGUUGGACUCUGCAGCCGACUCCGUAACCAUGGUAACUGUGAUGCCGUUGUUCUUGAAGCGCGUCGGCGCUUUGGCUUUUCAGUGAAACAGUGUGCUCUGUUCCCAUUAAAGCAGAAAAUCAGA